UGUCACUCAAGCCUGCGAAGAUGGCGACUACGGGCAGAAAUACACUCCUAUCGGCUAGCACAAAUGUAAAUAACAGCACUUCCGAAAGCCAAAAUCCCGAGGAUGAUGACGGGCAGAAUUUAUGGUCAUCGAUAUUGAGUGAGGUAUCGACGCGAUCCCGGUCAAAAUUGCCGUCGGGAAAGAAUGUGGUGGUUAUGGGUGAGGUGGGUUCUGGUAAAACCACCCUGGUGGCCAAACUACAAGGUGUAGAGGAGUACAUGAAGGGGCGGGGUUUAGAGUACUUGUAUUUCAGUGUUCAUGAUGAUGACAUUGAUGAUCAUGCACGAUGUAACGCGUGGGUGCUCGACGGGGACCUUUAUCACAAAGGCCUGCAGAAGUUUGCCGUGUCGACAGAGAACCUUGCGGACUCGCUGAUUCUGUUUGUGGUGGAUCUCUCUCGGCCGUGGCUGGCCCUCGAUUCGCUGCAGAAAUGGGGCAGUGUGGUGAGGGAUUACCUGGACAAACUCCGAGUACCUCCUGAAACCAUGAGAGAGCUGGAGCACAGAUUGGUGAAACAGUUCCAGGAGUAUCUGGAACCAGGAACUGAUCUGGACGGUGUGCCCCAGAGAAGGAAUCCUGAAUCAGAGGAAGAGAGCGUCCUGCUGCCCCUGGGGGACAACACACUUACAAACAACCUGGGCCUGACUAUAGUGGUGGUCUGCAAUAAGUGUGAUGCGAUCAGCACUUUGGAGAAGGAACACGAUUAUAAAGACGAGCACUUAGAUUUCAUCCAGUCUCACAUCCGACGUUUCUGUCUUCAGUAUGGGGCAGCACUACUCUACACAUCUAUGAAGGAGAACAAAAAUCUAGACUUGUUAUAUAAAUACCUCGUACACAGGUUAUACGGCUUUCCCUUCGACAUCCCAGCUCAGGUGGUGGAGAAAGACUCAGUGUUUAUUCCAUCAGGAUGGGACAAUGAAAAAAAGAUUGGCAUCUUGCAUGAAAAUUUCCAGACAUUAAAAGCAGAUGACAACUUCGAAGAUGUAAUAGUGAAACCUCCAGUUAGAAAGUUUGUACAUGAGAAGGAAGUGCAAGCUGAAGAUGACCAAGUAUUUCUAGUAAAGUUGCAGUCUCUGUUAGCCAAACAGCCUCCAGUCAGUGCAGGAAGACCAGUGGACCCAACAAACAGAGCCCCCACAGGCUCACCUAGGACGACCAAUCGUUCAGCUGCGGCCAACGUGGCUAGCGUCAUGCCCAUGCAAUCAGGUACCAAGAAGAUUGAUCCCAACAUGAAAGGCGGUCAGACCAGCGAGGGCGUGCUGGCCAACUUCUUCAACAGUCUGCUGACUAAGAAAGCAGGCUCGCCCAGCCCGGGCGCUCAGCCCACAGGGGGAGGGGGUAACACACCGGGAACAGUCCGCAAGUCAGGUUCCAAAUUGGGGUUGACAGACGUCCAGGCUGAGCUGGACCGGAUCUCCAACAAAUCUGACAUGGACUCAGCCCCUAACGCCACCACGCCCCCUGCUGAAAACGAUGAAUCCUGAACAAGAGGCGGGGUCUAUUUACUAUCAAGCCCCUCCACAUACACUGCUCUCUCCGCCCCCCCAGCACCUCUCCUCCCCUCCUCUCCUCUCCCUCGCCCUUUUCUUGCUCUUGUUCAGAGAGGGAUUUCUUCCCGUUUAUUCCUUGUAAGGCCAGUGACUUGAAGCUGCAUGUCGGGCAAAUGAAGAUGCUACGUCUGUCUCCACACAUACGCGCACAUGUACAGCGGAUGAUUCUGUAAAACACAGAGACAGACAGAAUGAGGACUGAUGUAGAAAUGAAGGACACUAGAUCAGUGUUGGACACUAACAGAGAGAUUUAGAGAGGGAAUUAGGAUGUAGAGCGAAGUAAGAUUAGUAAGUAAGGGGGGGGGGUUAUGACAUUUGUUUAUAUGUAUGCGAGUUAGAUUCUUCAGCUUUUGGUUGUAAUUAUCUUCCUGUAAGAGAAGAACCUUGUACGUCUACCGUGAAUGUCACUCGGCUUCUGACAAACAAACGCACAUGUUUACUUAUCUAAACGUCUUAUUAUGCCUCAUCUGAACAAAAAAUAAAGGGAAGCAUCACAUUACAGUCACAGUAGUGAGAGACACGAUCAAACAAUGUGUUGGGUGUGAUCCCCUUGUUUUCAUGAAAUGGUUGUUUUUAGCCCUCUUUAAGGGAUAGUUCACCCAAAAAUGACAGUUCUUUCUUAUUUACUCCCUUAUGUCGCAUGUAUGCUAUUUUUAUGCUUUGAAUCUUAAAGGGAUAGUUCACCCAAAAAUGAAAAUUCUGUCGUCAUUUACCCACUCUCAAGUAUUUCUGAAACUGUAUAAAUUGUAAAUUUUGUUGUUCUGCUGAACGCAAAGAUAUUUAAAAGAAUGCUUAGCAAAAAGUUCUGGGGCACUAUUGACUUCCAUAGUAGGGAAGAAAACUACUAUGGUAGUCAAUGGUGCCCCAGAACAGAAAGAUUCUUCAAAAUAUCUUCUUUCGUGUUCAACAGAACAAAUCAUUUUAAACUGCGUCGGAACAAUGUGAGGGUGAGUCAAUGAUAAGAGAAUUUAUGUUUUUGGGUGAACUGUCCCUUUAAUGCAGCUCUUUUCCAAUAGCACUCAAAAGCUCAGAAAUGGACAAAAAACACCAUCGAUGAAGCAACCUAAAAUUUGGAUUGUUAUUCACUGUAAAUCUUUGCUUCCGCUCCAUCUUUGUAGUUUUCUUUCUUCCACAUAUUCAAACUGGCAUUAAAUAAUUAACCAUCUGCGGUGGAUAGACGGUUUUCAGCAAAUGAGCGACAUGAAUAUUGAUUCAUUUACACAAAGCUACUGCACUUGGAAUAUCUAAAAAAAACCUAAAAAAAAUAGUUUUCACUGAUGACAACAGUGUAGGGUCUCGAAACAACAUCAGCGUAGUAAAUAUGACAGAUUUCUCAUUUUGGGUGGGGCUACAUUCCAUUAGCACAUACUCCUUCACUUUCUUAUUCGUGAGUGUAUUAAACAGGACCAGUAACUGCAGAACAUGCAUACUGACAUGAUUUCAGUACUACUUACUAAAACUAAUAACCUUUAAAGGUUUUAUCGCUGCUGAGAAAUUGUCAAUGAAGUCACCCAUUUGUAGUCGUAUCGCUGCGUACAGUAAACGUAACUAAAUAUUGCACUAUUACACAAUAGUAGGCAAUGACACUGAAUAUGAUCUUAUACAAUGCUAAUUGUAGCAGAGUAGGAAGUUCUGAAGAAAUACUUUACUGCCCGACGCAUCAUUUUAGAGGUUUUAACUUAAAUGUGGUGAAUGAAGUUGCCUAUUUAAGCUCAAACACAAAUAUUAAAGCUUUGAGCAUUUAUCAUUGCUGAUGGGACUGACAACUAUGUUCAUGUAAAAAAAUGUUUUUGUUUGUUUUCUACGUUUAUAAGAGCUUUUGAAAAUUGUACGUUCCUGUGUAUGUGUCCUCAUCGCUCAACUACAGCCGGUUAUGGUUCUGUUUAUUAAUGGAUGCACUCUAGAUCAUGCAAAUGAGAUCAGUAUUACUAUUCUUUUCAUUGGUGUAUGUAAGCGUGUGAGUGUCUGGUUCUUUAUGCGCUUAAAGAGUCAUUCAGCAGGAGACUUAGUGAGAUUGUCUAGAAAUUAGUAAGGGAAGGGGAGGGGUGGAGAAGCAGAGGUGGCCGGGCAGGUGAGAUCACCCUCACCUGCAUAUGUACAGUCAUCAACCAAACUUCUUACGUGAGAGGGCGACAAAGUAAACAAACGCUAAUAUGGUCCUGUAAUUUCACAAGAUGUGGUGAUGUUUCUCUGGAUCAGGUCUGUAAUCAUUCUAUUAAAGUUGUAUUUAUUGGGAACUGC